UAAACAAACGAUAAAGCACUCGAUCUCUAAUCGAGUAGUUUUUAAAAAGUAUUAUGUGCAAGAAAACACAAUGGCAGAAAGCGUACUGUCAUUGUUAAAGAUCUGUGAUCUGUCAGGGGCGGAACAUAUCGCAUUUAGCUCCACUAUGCAUUAUAUCUUGAGGUGGAAUACCUCUAUCUAACUUACUAAAAUUAGCCGGCGAACAGGCUAGGCUAACUGAGCUAAUUUACGCAGCAGGAUUGUGAAGCCAAGCGCAAAGUAUUUUUUGACUAUCCUGUUUGAACUUGUGGGGUUAGACUGGCAUAGCAGAAGAGCAUGGCGCUGUCAGUGGUUAUUUGGCAUCGAAUGUCAGAAAUAUCUGAAGCAACUGAAAGGAACUCCAGUGUGUAAAAAACUUGUCGCUCGUUAACCGGAUAGUAUUUGUGUUGACAUUAGCUAGCAAGCAGGUGUACUCGUCUCGUCUAGCCAAUUUAUAUAUCUUGCUACAAGGUAAAGGUAUUUGACCUCAUGGCUUGCAGUUCUGAGUCGAGUGGGAAACUGCCCUCGGAUGUCAGUACGGCAGCCAUAAUGGCACCUCCACCGGCAACAGUGGAGCAGACCAUGACGCCGGUGUUGUUCGAGAUAUUUGGAGAAAUGUGGAAUGUACAGGCUCGGCUAGGUCAGGGUGUCUCAGCCUCUGUUUACCGCGUGAGCUCUGGUCGAUCGAGCACAGCAGCUGUCAAGGAGUUCCAGGCGGACGCACAGGGUGGGGAUUACGGGUACCACAAAGAAAGAUCCGUGCUUGAAGACAUUCAGGGACAUAAGAAUAUAGUGACCCUGUAUGGGGUGUUCACCAAUCACAGUGCGGCCGGAGUGCCCACGCGUUGCCUCCUGCUGGAGCUGCUGGACGUGAGCGUGUCCGAGCUGCUACUGCGUGCCUCCAACCAGGGUCACUCCAUGUGGCUCAUCCAGCACUGCGCCCGCAACGUGCUCGAGGCCCUGGCGUUCCUGCACCGCGAGGGCUAUGUGCACGCCGAUCUCAAGCCCCGCAACGUGCUGUGGAGUGCCGAGGACGAGUGCUUCAAGCUCAUCGACUUUGGCCUCAGCUACAAAGAGGGACAUCAGGAUGUGAAGUACAUCCAGACGGAUGGUUACCGGGCCCCUGAGGCAGAGCAGCAGAACUCUCUGGCCCAGGCCGGCCUCGAGGGGGACGGCGGGUGCACGGCUGCCAUCGACCUGUGGAGCCUGGGGAUCAUCCUCCUGGAGCUGUACUCGGGCAUCAAGCUGAAGGAGACGGUCCGAUCUCAGGAAUGGAAGGACAACAACGCUGUGAUAGUCGAUCAUAUCUUCACCAGUAAUAGCAUGGUCUACCCUGCCAUCCCAGUAUAUCAUCUCAGAGACCUUAUUAAGAGCAUGCUCCACACAGACCCAAAACUCCGAAGCACAGCUGAGGCUGCCCUCAUCAGCCCCUUCUUCAGCAUUCCCUUUGCUCCUCACAUAGAGGAUCUGGUUCUGCUGCCCACUCCUGUCCUGAGGCUUCUCAAUGUGAUUGAUGACAGUCACCUGUACAACGAGGACGAGUAUGAAGACAUCAUUGAGGACAUGAAAGAGGAAUGCCAGAAGUAUGGCUCUGUCGUCUCACUGUUAAUCCCAAAAGAAAACCCAGGCAAAGGCCAGGUGUUCGUCGAGUACGCAAACGCCGGAGACUCCAAAGAGGCCCAGAGGCUACUGACGGGCAGGACGUUCGACGGCAAGUUUGUGGUGGCCACUUUCUACCCCCUGAGCGCUUACAAGAGAGGCUAUCUGUACCAGACCGUCCAGUAAGGUCACCGACACCAUUGCGCCAUCGUCUCUUCCCAGAAUAUUCAUAAUGUCGUGGCCCAGAUGUACGAGUGCAUCCAAAUCCAUAACAUACCACCUCAGCCGGGCCAGUGGCCUCCUACUCACUCCUUAAAUGCUGUUUUUACUGGAUAGUGUCCAAACUUGCGCUGACCAACAAUGUGAAGUGAAACAACAGCGGCUUUAUAAUUAUAUUCAUGUAGCAACCAUGGAUAAGUGGUUCACAAAUGUGCAUACUUCUUGUUAACCUAGUGUGGUUUAUACGUCAUGGUUUUGCAAAACCAAAGCAGGAAGUGCUUACAAAUAAUAUUAACCUACAUUUAUGCAUAGAGAGAAUAUGAAAAUGGCCUACAGUACGUUAUCUUGUUGUGGGUGUAUAGACUAUGCAUACUGGUUGAGCGAGUGCUUGCUUCAAUCAUUUCUGGUUUAAAACCACUAAAAAUCUCGUCUUCACACUGGAUGGCCCAGAAAUAUGUAGGUUUCGGUAUUCCAUGCAUCACUUACUGGCCCUGUGUGUUUAGGCUGGUCUAAGUGAAGCGUGGGUCUACUUUGCACUGUGUUUUGCUAGUGGCCUUUGUCUGUGUGCCGAUCAAACUUACAUGUAGGCCACAAUGGGCAAAACUGGCCACUGUUAUUCUAUUCAGUACCAAGAGCACAAACACUGCUAAUCACAGCCUGGAGUCUGGAGAAAAUAACUAUUUGUCAUGUUGAAUCGUUCAGUAAAGUGUGGGAGAUCAUGAGGUUGUCUCAUUUAUAUUCAAAAGCCACAACAGAUGUGUCUAGAAAUCCAAACAGGAAAUAUUAUGUUACCAAAUAAUUCCCAUCAUUUUGAAAGACAAAAAAGGAUUCCAAAGGUACCAUUUCAAAACUGACCAAAUUCAGUAAUAUUAUUUCCCCUUAAAUGCUUUCUGUUACACACUUUUUUUCCCAGCUAUCAUUUCAUUUCUGCUCAGCUUUUUGAGAUGACUCUGUGAAAUGUUACCUCAGUGUUUUAAUAUUCCGGAUAAUUCUCUCAUUUGCCUGUAUGCAGCAAUGAGUGUUUUUUUCCCCCUGAAUCAAAUUUUCAGUAAUGAUGUGAUUAGUAAACAACAAAUCAGUAGUUUGAGGUACAUUAUAUUAGACGUACACAGACGAAAACAAAGGGCUUGGCAGCGUUUUGCAUUUAGGUGAAGGCCAGAACAUGUUGUUUUCUUUGGCCAGAUAUCUUAGUUGUCGUUUCUGAUGACUAACUGCUUUCAGUUGUGUUACAACAUUUUCAGGGUUAAAUAUGUGUAUAAAAAUGUGUAUUGAAGUGCUAUUAGAUAGUCACGUGUGUUGUGUGUAUUUUCACAGUCUGAAAAGCAUUAAGGCUGCAUGACACAGGCUGCAGGCUUGCCUUGAUUGAACCAGAGAACACAGAGCUUUGUUGAAAUGGCGUGUGUGUGUGUUUGUGCAUGUUUCACAGAUGUCGACUUGUGGGUCAGUCUAAACAUCUGUAUGCCUCGAAACGUAGCCAUAAUCAGAAUUGUCAGUUUGAAGAAACAUGCUUGGAACAUCAAAUAGGUUGUUGGUUGAUUUCGAUCCCUCGUGGUGACAUGUUAGGCCUGUGAAGUACACAAACAGUGUGUAGCCAUAGGGCCGGCUGAUAUUGAGUGGAAUAAUCUUGCCUGUCUCUCUCUCUCAGUUACUCAUGCUCCUGCACUGACUCCGGAGAGGCUACUCUGGAGCUGAAGUGCCCUUGGCCUUUUUUGUGCGUGUGCUCUCUGCUGCGUGUUGUGUUGUGGUGUUUGGUGUUCUCAUCAUAUUCGCGUGGUAGCAGAUUUCUAAUUAUGCAUUAUUGGAGAACAAAUGGAGGGUGUUGUUCUGAAAUCGACUUGUUUGCUUGAGGAGCCACUGAUCAAAGCACAUCUUCAUAAGCAAACUGAUUAGCGCUCGUUGCGUAAGGGUCUACUCUAUUAUAAUGUUGCUGUGUUCAUCAGUGGAAUACUUUGUUUAAUCCCAGGGUACUUUAGUUUAGCUACACUACCAGUCAACAUACACACACUGGUUGAUAUAACACACGGUUGUGAGUUGCAAUACAAGGUCAACCUGGGUCUAAUGUAGUAUUAAGAGUUAGUAUUUUCAUUGCAUAAAGUAUAUAGGCCUAUGGAAAGGUGUUUUAAUACUUGUAUGAGUCUAUAUAGCCAAACCAUGUAUGUGUGGGAAUCUCAGAUGUGCAGUGUUGUCUUUACCUCUGAUGGCUAGUGUGACAGAGUUCACAAAGUUAUAUUAAUGGAAUAAGACAAGAUAGACCGGAAGAUGUUGUUUAGGAAAGCUUCCACAUUCUUUUUUGAAUGCAUCUGAACUGACAGUUGUGAGGCUUUGUUGUAUCUUGUUCUUCUAAGCAACAGUUUCAAAACAGUGUCACUCCUUGAUCCUUAGAAGAAGUGUUUACUCAAAUGUAUUGAUAUGUCCUUUUGGAGAACAGUCCCCUGGAAGCCCAAAGAAGACUAUUAUCCCCCCCCCCCCCCCCCUGUAUUUUCCUGCCUUAUCGUCCCUGUGAACCUUUGGGGAACAGAAGCAUCAAAGCAUCUCAUGCGGCAGUAUAGUAUAUUAUCUCUCCGUGGAGUUCACGGUGAACUCAAGUUCCCCCGUCUUCGUUUUGCCGAUCACAGAAGUCAACAAAACAAAACUCAACAAAAACUAACACACGGACAGCUGCUGUCGCCGCAGAAUAACAAUCAGGGAUUUAAGUUGUGAUUUGUUUACAUGUAUUCUUUGUUACGGCACUGACUUCCUUGAUGGGGAAUCUAGAUUUUGAAUGCAGGCUAGAGGCGAGCACCUUCUGAAGAAAUGUCGUCCCGCAUUAUCAUUAACUAGGCUGCGUGAGGCGGCACUGCGUCCUUGUUCGGUGUACUUUCAGCCGGAAGAAGCGAUGCAAAAAAAAAAAAAAUCCCCUGCCGUGAACCAGGAACUACAAGGGCAGGGCAAAGUGUGUUCAGUGGAAGAAUGCAGUGGUGGUUUUACACCAAAGUGGCCAAACCGGCUCCUCUAUGUUUUGUCAUGCUUUGCAUUUAGGCAGAGCCUGUUCUCCUACACUGCUCCACUAUGCUAUGUGGACAAUCAGCCAGGGCAGGUGGAUCCACACUGAAUAUAAUUAAAAAUGGAAUGUGUGUGUGUGUGUGUGUGUGUGUGUGUGUGUGUGUGUGUGGGAGGGUGAAGAGAGGCAUAAUAUUUAGAUCAUUGAAGGGCAUGUGACUUGUUGGCAUGGUAUUUAUGGUGUGUACCCGUGUAUGGGUGAUGAGCCAUGGCAUCUUUUUGCAACCAAGAAAUUCAGUGACCCACACCUCUUUGCCUCGACAAGGGCGCCCCCUGUAUGUCAUGGCACAGACCGGUCCCCUGGAUAGACUGGACAGAAGUCCCUCCUUUUGAGUCAACUGAUCCUGUGAAGUGGGUCAAAGAUGGCCCACUAGACUAAAACUGCACAUUACCAUUAAAACAAACUGUGAAUUGAUACAGAAACACCCACUGUAACGGUGAGCUGCUAUUUAAAAUGGGCAAUAACAAACACUUGAAUGCCUGUCAUCUACACCACGGCUCUGCCACACUGUGCCCGCAGCCCUCCCAAGGCAGUACUCCGGUAGCCGCAGAGAGAGCAUUUGAAACUGAUUUCCUCAGAUUUCUUCCGAGCCCCCACUGCUUAUGUCAGUCUGAUUUUCCUGCCUUACCCUGAGGCAUCUCGGAUGUCUCCCUCUAUCCGCAUAUUUCCUCAAGGUUGAAGAAGCACAAAACUCUGCUCUUUAGUCUUACACAGCACUGAAGCCAAGGCCAUCUCAGCCCAGCUUGGGGCCCUAGGCUAGCUGGCAGAGAUGGACUCUUUUCUUUUGAACUCUCUGUCUCUCUCUUUCUCUCUCUCUCUCUCUCUCUCUGUGUCUCUCUCUCCCUCUCGGUGUGUCUCUCCCCCUCUCUCUCUAUCUAUCUCUAUCUCUGUCUCCCUCCCUUCCUGGGCUGUGUUUCUUUAGCGCUGCCCAGUGGAAUAUCCUUGAUGAUAAACCCCACUGCCUUCACACAGUGCCAAGAUCUCGUUUGGCCUGUGUCCCACACUAAGAUGCCCUGGCUAACCCCCCUUGGUUCCAGCCCCCCCCGGGGGCGGUUGGCUCAGAUCGCCGUGGAGCGUUCCUUCCUCCCCAGUUACCUGUUAUGGUAUUAUUUAUGGCAAGCCCACGGCGGAGUGUGGGUCCUGGGGCUAUUGUUUGAUGUGAAGCAGGCCUGUAACCUUUUGGACGCGGGCCUUUUGAAGUGGCGACUUCAGAAAAUAGCCACUGUUGUUUGCCUACGUCCUGAAUAUUAUCAGCGGGGGCCUAGCCCAGCCCGUGCUUGUCCCACAGGAAAAGGGCUGGGUGUGGUGGGCUCUCCGCCUAUGCUAAUAUGCUGCCCUUCUGCAGACUUCUCACGCCUCAGUCAGCGCUCGGACCAAGAGACACCGAGCGCAUUUUAUCGCAAAGAACUUUCUUUGAUAUUGCAAAAAAACCCCACUUAUGCACAUAUGCACACCAUCACUGACCGGAAAUCUUUAAGUUAUGAAAUGCUUGCAGUGAUGCACAUACACAUGCACAGGCACGUACGCAUGUUAAGGCACCGUCGUUUUGGAAGUUACAGCAGCGACUUGGCGAGAGAUUUAAAGGGCGAGGGCGACCGUCCGCUUUAUUAGCUAAACAUUAUUCUUUCCGGAGGAGAUUAGGAUCAGAACGAGGUCUUGGCUGCCUUCGGAAGGCCUGCAAAUAAACAGAGACUGGAGCGUGUCAAAGAGCCCUAGAGCUGCGCCUGGGAACUGGAGGCCUUAGAGCCCGACGUCCCUCUCCUCGUCCCGCUCCUUCAGUGGUCAGUUCUCAAGUCCACUCUGGCCUCCGAAGCCCAUUGUCAUGCACACUUCAGUGAGCUGGAUCCUGUCUGGGGGGAAUAUAUAUAUAUAUAUAUAUAUAUAUAUAAUCCAUCCUCAUAAAUAAAACUCAGGCACAUAAUGUGUAUGAAAAUGAGAUGGCUGGCAGAGACCUUCCUCUCAGCGGAAGGGCUUCCAUGCCGAGUAAUGUGAACCGCGGGGCAGCUCCUUAAUGAAUACUCACAGAUUAACAGUGAGAGCAAUGCUGGAGUUAACCUGUUAUCACAAAUACCCCUCCACUUUGACACCGCCAUCAUUUCAGCCAGAAUAGCGGUAGAUGUUCCUUCCCUCACCUGUUAAUGUAGCCCCCCCUGGAACUGUUUCUGAGCUUUGGAAGUUGGAAACAGUCAGACAGACAGUUGAUUCAUUCCCCCCCCCACCCCUCACCCCCCACCAUCUGAUGGUGUGUUUACCCCCCUUUUCACCAAGAGGUUGAUUGAGGUUUGGAUGUCAGCGGUGGUGAUGAGGCUUGUGUGAAAAGUGGGACUUGAUUGCUUGUGUUUGCUGGGCGAAAGGAGCUGUGUGGCUGUAGCAAUCAGGCUGGCGAGAGUUCUCUGCUCGAGGGUUUGUGGCUGCGGGCGAUCAGACGAUGUGCGCUUCAUGUGGAGUGGCCGCCGAUGGCCCGCUGCCAGACGGUAAUGGACGUGGGUUUUAUAUUAGCAGGGGCCUGUGCCGGGUCUCUCCGCCUGCUCUGAAAGCCACUCCAUCUCCGUCCCGACAGGUACCUUCUUCUCUUUCUCUCUCUCUCUCUCUCGUGUGUGCGCUCUUUCUGUUCUUCCUCUCUUUUUUUUGCAUUAGUCUGACAGCUUAGAUCAUCAUACUGAACCCAGGUGCAGUAUUCACAAGCGUCUGUGUCUGUGAGAGUCGUCUCAGUGAAAACCAGAACAUGUGGUCUGGGGGAUUGAAAUGUGGUGAAAGUGAUGCUUUCCCUGUCGCAUAUAUACCAAAGACAAUCAGGAUUCUUCCCGUUGUCUUGCCUGUGCACAAUUAACGGAUCCCCGGUUUUAGACAGUGCACUUAAAGAAGGAUGAGACGCGCUUAGAAGCUUAGCUUAUUUGCGGUUCAAGUGCUUGAGGAAAGCAACAGCCGAAAGUGAAUUAGAAGGUGGUUACAAGGGAUGCUCAGGAGAUGCUCAUGAAGGCGGUGGGUGUGACGCAGAAUCUUUGUUCUCGCUCAGUCAAGUCGAAGACCAGCGUCUGAUUUAUGACUCAUUCUGCCGCACACUCCGUGUCUCCAGAAAGCCUCCUCCAUGAAUAAUCAGUAGUAUGUAUCGCUUAGUGUGGACAGGCGUUAACUAAGUACAAUGUGUAUAUGUGAAAUGGGUAAAAAUGUUGAAGUGAUGACAGUUGAGGUGAAAUAUGGUAUGUGCACACUUGAAUGUAAAUGUGAUGUCAAGAGUGAGCUGAAGGGGGUUACCUAUGGCACAUAAACGAGCUGAGAUAAUGCUGCUUUUUGUUAGUGCUUGGAUGAGUGUGCUGUUUAUUGCAUAUUGCACAAUAAAAUAUCAGCGUCUA